AUGGGUAAAUCAUCGAAGGACAAACGUGAUGCCUACUACAGGCUGGCGAAGGAGCAGGGUUGGCGUGCAAGAAGUGCAUUCAAGCUCUUGCAGCUCGAUGAAGAAUUCGAUCUGUUCGCCAAUGUGACUAGGGUGGUCGACUUAUGCGCUGCCCCUGGUAGUUGGUCCCAAGUUCUCUCACGAGUUCUCAUCGAGGGUGAGAAAUUCGGUCGCGCAGCAUGGCAGGAUCGGGAAGCCAAAUUUCGCCAGCAGAUGCUCCAGGUCUUUAGGCCCAAUGGCAGCGAAGCAAAGCAGGAGCCAGGAUUGCAACUUGGAGCCGAUGAAUUGAAGCCGAGAAAGCACGUCAAGAUUGUUUCCAUCGACUUGCAGCCUAUAAGUCCUCUGGCCGGUAUCGUCACCCUCAGAGCAGAUAUUACACACCCUGCUACAGUACCCCUUCUUCUGAAAGCCUUGGAUCCCGACUACGACUCGAGCACGAAAAGCCAGCAGGCGGCCCAUCCGGUAGAUCUCGUUCUCAGCGACGGUGCCCCUGAUGUAACUGGUCUACAUGAUCUCGACAUAUACGUGCAGUCGCAAUUGCUGUUCGCUGCUUUGAACUUGGCGCUCUGCGUCCUGAAGCCGGGUGGAAAAUUCGUCGCCAAGAUCUUCAGGGGCAAGAACGUGGACGUCCUGUACGCUCAGCUCAAGAUCUUCUUUGAGAAAGUACAUGUUGCGAAACCAAGAUCUUCGCGCGCGAGCAGCGUCGAGGCUUUUAUUGUCUGUCUUAACUUCCAGCCGCCCAAGAACUUUUCGGCUAGUCUGGAGGAACCGCUGGGGGUAGGCUAUCGCCUGUCUAACAUAACGCAUGAUACCUCGACAUCAUUACCGUUAACCGCUAUGACGGUGCUCCAGAACUCAGAGACUGGUGCGUGGGAUGCGGUACCGCGACUUGCGCGAAUCACGGACGGUGAUGGGAUCACCGACGUUGAGAUUGAGGAUCAUCGCCCAUCGAAAAGGGACGAUGUCAGAUGGAUCGCGCCAUUUAUUGCAUGUGGUGAUCUAUCCGCUUUCGAUUCCGACGCUUCAUACCGACUACCUCCAGGCCAUGUAUCCCUCGACCCAAUCCAACCGCCGACAGCACCUCCAUACAGGCGCGCGCUAGAAUUGCGAAAAGCAGCCGGAGGCGCGUACGGGAACGCGACAGCCAAAGAAUGA